UAACCCGAUACGAAUUAAGCUCAAUUUAUUACUACUACUAGCUAUGAGAAAUGCUAUCAUCAAUUCGAAGAUUGUCAAUGUCAAUACUAUCUAUUUCAUCAUUUCAAUCUCCAAAUUCACUUCACAAAUUACUCAUAAUGGAUUCCUCCUCCUCCUCAUCAUCAUCUAAAAGUUCUCAAAGAUUAUUUUGCUUAGCUCAACAAUUACGUCUUUACAAAGCACCACCACCACCACCAUUUCUUGAUGAUGACACGGAUUUCGAGGAGCAGAAAUUGGAAGAGAGUGCUGGGAAAGUGGUUUCUCAAUUGGGUUUUCAAGAAUCAGUGACACCAGUUGGUGCUGUAAAGCAAGAGAGAUUUAAACCAAAAAGAGCAGCUGUUUUGAUCUGUUUGUUUGAAGGGGAUAAUGAUGGGGAACUAAGAGUUAUUCUUACUAAGAGGUCUUCCAAGCUAUCUACUCACUCUGGUGAAGUCGCAUUGCCGGGAGGAAAAGCAGAAGAAGGAGAUACAAGUGAUGCUGACACUGCAACCAGAGAAGCAAAGGAGGAGAUAGGACUAGAUCCUUCAUUGGUUAAUGUUGUGACUUGUCUUGAGCCAUUCUUGUCUAAGCAUCUUCUUAGAGUAAUUCCUGUGAUUGGGAUACUCUCCAAUAAAAAGGAAUUCAAUCCCACUCCUAAUGUCUCUGAAGUAGAAGCAGUUUUCGAUGUCCCAUUGGAGAUGUUUCUCAAGGACGAGAAUAAGAGAUCGGAAGAAAGAGAAUGGAUGGGAGAAAAGUAUUUAAUUCAUUUGUUCGACUACGAGAUGGACAACAAGAAAUACUUGAUAUGGGGUCUAACUGCUGGGAUUUUGAUUAGAGCAGCAUCAAUUGUGUACCAGAGACCACCUGCUUUCUUGGAACAAAAUCCUAAAUUCAAGCUCCCUAAGGUUGAAUGAGUUCUCCUACUUAAUAGGCUAGUCUUUUCGGUUGGGUGCUCGCGUUCAAUCUGCAACGACUGGUAGCAGAUUUGACCAACGUUUGAGGCCGCGACUCAGAGUACGGUCUGGUAAAAUGAGAAGUCAGCCAUAACCAAUUGGGCCAGAGAGGUACUAGAAGUGGUGAGUUGAAUCCAAAAAGUGGUACAGAUUGUAAUCAACAAGGUCGUUGGUCCUCAAGUAGGGCGAUUAUUGUGAGUGUCUCAUUUAACAAUCUCUAUCUGCUAAACUUGAUAGACUUUGGAGAAGAUGGAUCUAACGGAAACUCAUAUUUGGAGAAGCAAUUUAUGUUAGUAUUUUCUAUUUAUUUCUUGAAUUUAUUGUAGUGUUUUGAGGUGUAAUUUAGUAGCCAACAACCUAUGUGUAUAAAGCCGCUGGUUGAUGUAGGCACUAGAUUAGGUGCUGGCUUCUCUAUUGUCUAUUGAUUUAUUUACCUUAUGCCUAUAGAAAGUGGAUGAAACUUGAGGAAUAAUGG